CCGAGGUGGCCUCGAUGGCGUUGUCAGCAAACUCAUGCCUGGAGACAACCCCUUCUACAGCAACAUCGACAGCAUGCCGGACAUUCGACCCCGGAGGAAGUCCAUUCCGCUCGUCUCAGAACUGGUGCUUAAGACGAUGGCAGCGACGAAGAGGAACGCCGGGCUGACGUCUGCGGUGCCGAGAGCGUCCCUCAACGACGAGGAAUUGAAAAUGCACGUGUACAAGAAGACGCUGCAGGCGCUCAUCUACCCGAUCUCCUCGACGACGCCCCACAAGUUCCUGCCCUGGACGGCCACCUCGCCCACCUACUGCUACGAGUGCGAGGGCCUCCUGUGGGGCAUCGCGCGGCAGGGCGUCCGCUGCGUCGAGUGCGGGGUCAAGUGCCACGAGAAGUGUAAGGACCUUCUCAACGCGGACUGUUUGCAGACUGCAUACAACUUGGCCAAACACGCCCCCUGGUUGCCCAACGUCGAGCUAGUCCAAGUACUUGUAGAGAGAGCGGCCGAGAAGAGCAGUAAGCAUGGCGCGGAGGACAAGACCAAUAACAUCAUAGCGGCCAUGAAGGAUCGCAUGAAAAAGAGAGAAAGGGAAACGCCGGAAAUAUUCGAGCUUAUAAGGGAUGUCUUCAACGUGGAGGACAAGAGCCACGUUGGCCACAUGAUGUCCGUGAACCAGUCGGUGCUUGACGGAACCAGCAAGUGGUCUGCUAAGAUUGCCAUCACAGUGAUCUGCGCGCAAGGCCUAAUCGCCAAGGACAAGAGCGGGACAUCUGACCCUUACGUGACCGUCCAGGUGGGGAAGACGAAGAAGCGAACCCACACCGUCCCUCAGGAGCUCAACCCCGUCUGGAAUGAGAAGUUCUACUUCGAGUGCCACAACUCCAGCGACAGGAUCAAGGUCCGCGUGUGGGACGAGGACAACGACAUCAAGUCAAAGCUGCGGCAGAAACUGACGAGGGAGAGCGAUGACUUCCUCGGCCAGACCAUCAUCGAGGUGCGCACCCUCUCAGGCGAGAUGGACGUGUGGUACAACCUGGAGAAGCGAACGGACAAGUCGGCGGUGUCGGGCGCCAUCAGACUGCACAUUUCGGUGGAGAUCAAGGGCGAGGAGAAGGUCGCGCCGUACCACGUGCAGUACACUUGCCUGCACGAGAACCUGUUCCAUUACCUCUGCGAGCUGGAGGGCGGCGCCGUCAAGCUGCCCAAGGCCAAGGGCGACGACGCGUGGAAGGUCUACUUCGACGACCACGCGCAGGACAUCGUCGACGAGUUUGCCAUGAGAUACGGCAUCGAGAGCAUCUACCAGGCCAUGACGCACUUCCACUGCCUCUCCACGAAGUACCUGUGUCCGGGCGUGCCAGCCGUCAUGUCCACGCUGCUCGCCAAUAUCAACGCCUUCUACGCCCACACCACCGCGUCCUCCGCCGUGUCCGCCUCCGAUAGAUUCGCGGCGUCCAACUUCGGCAAAGAGAAAUUCGUCAAGUUGCUGGACCAGCUGCACAACUCGCUGCGCAUCGACCUGUCCAUGUACCGCAACAACUUCCCCGCCAGCUCCAACGAGAAGCUGCAGGACCUCAAGUCAACGGUCGACCUCCUCACCUCCAUCACCUUCUUCAGAAUGAAAGUGCAAGAGCUGUGUCGUCCACUCGAGCCAGCGCGCGGGGUCAAGGACUGCGCCAUCGCCUCCUCAGCGUCCACCACAGUUCCUCUUCAGAACUGCUCGAGCGCUGCUACAACAGAGAGUUCCAGAAGCGAGUUUCCUCCGUUUUCAGACUGGCCUCUCACAAAAUCCUCGGCCGAACCUCCUGAUGAUCGCCCGUUCAUUACGCCGUCACUGAGUAACGUUCUGACUGAGUCAGAGCCAUCCGACGCGCGUAGAGGUUUAUGCCUCCUGAGUACUAUGUCAUAUGGCUACCCGCGCUCUCAUGUUCACUUCAACCCUUCUAUUCUCGCACUACACUUCUCUGCGCUCAUUCGUCGGUCCUACUGCUAUCAGGUCUCUGCGUUCUCUGCUCCGCAUGUGUGUGUCAUUCCACCUAGUGUGAGUGAUGUUCAGUUCGACAUUCAAGUCAUGCCUUUAGAAGAAGCAAUGUGGUUCGAGCCGUUCGUCAUGCAGUGGCUGAACGAGAACGACGACGUGUCUCUCGAGUAUCUCAACGGUGCCUUCCAGAGAGACAAGAAGGACGAGUUCCCGCCAAGUUCCGAAAACUCCCUCUUCUCCAACUCCGUGGUGGACGUGUUCACGCAGCUCACGCAGUUUCUCGUGUCGAAACUCGAGUGUCCGGACCCCGAGAUCUGGAAGAGGUUCAUGAAGAGAUUCGCCAAGACGAUCGUCAAGGUGCUGCUGGCUUAUGCCGACAUCACCAAGAAGGAGUUCCCCAACUACGUCACGGACGAGAAGAAGGCGUGUAUCUUAAUGAACAACAUCCAGCAACUGAGAGUACAGUUGGAGAAGAUGUACGAGAAGAUGGAGACUGAGGACGUCGCCACCAUCCUCAACGAGCUUCAGGCGUCCCUCAAUACUGUGCUCGACGAGCUUGCGCACAAGUUCGCCAAGAGCCUGGAGGUCCGCAUCGCCGUCAAGGUGAAGGAGAUGGGAGACAAGCUGGCGGCGGUGAAGGGCACGGGGCAGGUGCAGCCGUCGCAGCGCAAAGCCGUCAUCGUGGAGGCUGACGACGUGCUGGUGCCCCUUAUGGAUCUCCUGGAGGACUCGUUGUCUCUGUACGCGCAUUCUUGUGAGAAGACGGUGCUGAAGCGACUCCUCAAGGAGCUGUGGAAGAUCGUCAUGACCACCAUGGAGAAGACCGUCGUCCUGCCACCGAUGACUGACAAGGCUAUGAUGCUUAAGAACCUGACAGACAACGCUAAGAACUUGGCAGCGAACGCCAAGAUCGAAGACAUGUCCAGAUUGUUCAAGAACCAACUCGCGGGCAGCAAGGACGUGAAGAAUGCUGUCUCCAACAUCAUGGAUAUCUCCAAGGACUUCGAGCGCAACCUGACGCCAAAGCAGUGCGCAGUGCUCGAGGCCGCCCUCGACACCAUCAAGCAGUACUUCCACGCCGGAGGAAAUGGCCUUAAGAAGAACUUCCUCGACAAGUCCCCCGAGCUGAAAUCGCUGAAUUACGCGCUGUCAUUGUACACGCAAACCACAGACACGCUCAUCAAGACCUUUGUCACCACACAGACCAAUCAAGGCUCUACAGAGGAAGGCACCGUCGGCGAGAUCAGCGUGCAAGUGGACCUGUACACGCACCCGGGUACGGGAGAACAGCGCAUCAACGUCAAGGUGGUGGCGGCGAACGACCUCCGGUGGCCGACGACGGCGGGCGGGAUGUUCCGGCCGUUCGUGGAGGUGAACCUGAUCGGGCCGCACCUCGCCGACAAGAAGAGAAAGUUCGCCACGAAGUCCAAGUCAAACAGCUGGUCGCCCAAGUUCAACGAGAGCGUCCAGUUCUUGAUCGGCAGCGAGGAGGGGCCCGACAGCUUCGAACUCCACAUCUGCAUCAAGGACUAUUGCUUCGCUCGCGACGACCGGCUGGUGGGCGUGGCCGUGCUCCAGCUCAGGGACAUCGUCGACCAGGGAUCGUGCGCCACGUGGCUGUCCCUGGGCAAGCGGUGCCACAUGGACGAGACGGGGUGGACGGUGCUGCGCAUCCUGAGCCAGCGCACCAACGACGAGGUGGCCAAGGAGUUCGUCAAGCUCAAGUCCGAAGUUCGAGGAGAACCACCCAUCACCCAGUAAAGCAGGAGGAGAAACAGGAAAAACGGCGAAGGAGAAUGAGAAGAAUGUGGGAGAAGAGGAGGAGAAGGAGGGGAGGAAAGUGCGUAAAGACGCUGGAGGUGAAACCUCGGAAAAAGGAGAGAGAGAGGGAGAGAGAAAGAGAGGGAGGGAGAGAGAAAAAAAAGUACACUGUUCCCCCUGAAGCUGUGGAUGCGGUGUUGGUGGACAUCCUCGUUAUUUAGUGUUUAGUGUGUGUGUGAGUGAAGGUCGCGCCAGCCAGGGCCGAAGGAGCCCCCUGAUGGAGCUUCCCCCGGCAGGAGCCUCACGCCCCUCGAAGCCCUGGCGAGGCGGACCUCAAUCGUCCAUGGAGACUCGAUCCAUGCGAAGUCUGCGUGCAUGGCUGCUGAUGGGUCAUGAAGCACAAAUAUUGAAUUAGCGUAACUAAACAUUUGGGGUUAAUUGAUUCAUCUGGAUUAUUGUUGGGAUUUUACAUAUUGUAACUUUUUUGUAUCAUCAGAGCGAUUGUUAAUAGAUGUAUUGAGCCGGACCUCCCGCUGAUGUAGGCAGAACUGUUUAACGAUUACUUAGAGAUAAAACCAAAACCAAAAUGGGAUUUUAAAUAUGAAGCUUGAAAAUACAGUACGUUGCGGCCGUGCAGGACUAUGAGAGGAAAUGUCUGUGAUACAGUAUUGUGACUGAUUACCCUGGACUCAAUGUAUGGACCGUCAAGAAGGUAUAGUAGAUAAGUGCAGAGUUACAAAAUAAUAAUCCGUACAGAAGCUGUGUUCUCACUUCAAUGGAAUACAAGUUCUCUGCUCUUCCAAACCUUGUUUAAAAGUUUGUAAAAUAGUAUUUUCAAUCAUUUAAAGAUGAUGGUGUUCAUUCUGUAUAAUAUAUUACUGGUAAGAUGUACAACAUAUGCACCAGUGACAGUAAUAUAUAAUUAUUAUGGAAGUGCCCCAGUAGCUUCGAAGUGUCAGCGUGGCAAGCGCCGCCGUGCUGCUGUCCCAUUUUCUGUGCUGGUGUGAAAGAAAACGACUGAACCGAAGGGCUUACUUUCCCAUUUGCUGUUAAGUGGUCAUAGGGUAAGUCUGCUGUUUUGUGCUGCAUUACUCUUUACUUCUCUUUAAGCGAGAAAAAAGCGUUGAUAUUCUAAUUAAUCACGUGGUUUAAGUUGUGAGCACAAAUUCUUAUUUUUCUAUGUGAUCAUGGCACAUAUUAUCAAAAGGUGCACAUUCAUAUUUCGCCUUUGAUCAGAUUGAGUAAGCAAUCUAUAUUGUACAUAUCAUUUUACCCUUAGGUUAGUCUUUGUCUGUAAUUAUAUUCAUGAUUGGAUGACUGUUAAGUAUUUUCCCAAAUUUAUUUUAGCUGGUUCUAGUCCAACAGCGUCGGCCAAGGCGGGAGCAGGACGAGAUGUUCGUUCAUCAAACCCUCUAGUCUUUUAGCGGUGCAUUUAUUUGUCCCGAAACCCGCUUUAGUAAGCCACGGCCGCACACGUUGAUAGGGACGAUUUUCCUACUCACAACACGGAGAAAAUAGCCGUUAUCAGAAGAGGUGGAAAAGGCUCACUUUGACCGGUAGCGGGAUAUUUGUUGGUAGUUGAUGUUUACCGGCGUGUGUAUGCGUGUGUCGAGUCUGUUUCAUCUGGACUAUCAGUAUGUUUUAUUAACAAAAAUAUAAGUAAAACGGGCACAUAUUGUACCUGUUUAAUAUUGGCAUGUUUGAACUUUUGCCGUGACAGGCGGAUUAGUGCAAUGGCUGUUGGCUGUAAGUAUCCAGGAGUAUUUUGUACAAGAUUCACAGCCUUGGGAACCGCUGAUGUUACCUGAUCGCCGGUCCCGGUGAAGCUGCGUGCAAGUGUAUUGUAAAUAAGAUAAAACGUGAAAAUUACGAAAACAAAAACAAAAUUGAGGGAGUGGAAAUUUAAAACGAUGCUUGAUCAACAAACUCAUUUUCUAUGGACAUUGCCAUUUGUAUGCAUAACAGUGCUGGAUACGAAAUGUUUUCUUUCUCACACACACCAAAAAAUUGCGAGGGAUUCUCUGGAAAUUGGAAUUGCUCGAGUACCAAACUGUAAAAAACAGGAGCCAAAAAGAAGCCAACGUUGUAUAUAAACCAGUCAAAAUAACUUAAAGAUACUCCCAGCGACCAGCCUAUGAUGAUGGCAAACUUAAAAGACAAACGAGGAGCUCUUCUGGGCGGUGCCUCCUCCUCCUCGACCGCCGGAGCUCGGCCUCCAGACAUCUCGAGUCGGAGGGAAGGAGACUGGCGGCGGCGGCAGAGGAGGAGGAAGGGCGUCGCGAGGGGGGCCGUUGCAUGCCUGUGCGAGCAAGGAUCAGAUUCUUCCAGUUGUGUGUGUAUAUAGUCGCCCUUAUACCCAAGAAAACUACUUUCAUGCUAUACACUUCUGUUGUCCGGUCUUUUCCUCCAUAGCACACAGAUCAUGCCUGGGGAGCGACCUGCGGACCCAAGGGGAAACGCCCGUGGAAAAAAGGGGAAAGCUCUCUCCAGCCUCGUUCCUUUCCUUCCUCUGUCCCUAGCUGCGGCUGUGGUUCAGUUCCUCGUCGCCAUUCCGACACCACGCUGCAUCUGGCGGUGCGAGCGGGCCGUACGAGCAUCCCCAGGCGUGUGACAUAACUUAUACCUAAAAAGAAAAAAAAAACUUGUAUUGUUACGUGUUGGCAUGCUGUUACCGACUCGAAGAGGCCAGGGGAUUCUUUCUACGACCUGAGGUGACCAAAAGAAAGGGAAAAAAGAAAAGGAGAAGAGAAGAAGAGGAAAGACAAAGCAGGUUCCAAGAAUCCUCUGUCCGCCUCUUUACCCUAGAUUUUUAUGAUCCCACCUAGUUAUCCCACGCAGCAUGAAUGGCAAGGUCAUCACUACAGGAUAUGUAAAGAGACCUCACAGGGAAGAUGUGCAGUCUCAGUUCAAAGCUUUUUGAGUCAUUACACCCAUCUAGAUGUAAAUAUGUCAUUUAUCAUCGUGAGUGCGAUAAAAAAUAAAAAUCAAGACCUAUUUGAUCCGUAUCACACCUCUCUUAGUCGGUGGCUAUGCCUUUAGUUCGCUCCCAUGGUGGUACCUUGCCCAUUUGUUGACUUCAACUAUGGGAGACCACGAUCCCAUUUUUGACAACUUGUGUGCCUUUCUGUACCAAUAAUAAGUCCCAGGGUGGAUCCACGAACUUUAGUUGUUUCCCCCUCACCAUAGACGCAGCUCCAACAUGGCGGUGGGUACGCGGACAGUGCGGGCGGUCACACACUAUCACACGACACCAUAAGGACACAAUACACCCCCGCGGCGCAAACACAUACAAAUGCGCCACCGGGAAGGACACUUACCUCUAGGGAUACACUUACAUGUGCUACUCAAACCACCAUACUUUUCUUCUGGGGGUACACUGUAAGACCGUCUGGGACAUACAUAAUUGUACAAUAUAUGGGGUGUAUAUACACAUUCAUGACAAGGCAGCACUUACAUACCAUUAGGGACACACGUCAUCAAUGUUCUUAAAGUAAUUCAAGCGUCAGCCACACAUACAACUUGAAGGGCACUUUUAUUGGCACUCGAAUGGUGCACAUCCAAAACAGUUCAGGGACAAACGCAUUGAAACUAUUAGUAUACAAACGUCGGUACACAUUCACGUAAGUAACCUAAAUACCCUACGGUUUACACGAAUACCAUUACAUACACACGCGUACACACACAUAUUCCCUCUUUGGGCCUUAUACACAUACGUACACACAUACACGUCCCCUCUUCGGGCCCUAUACAUAAGCACACACACACACAGUCGGCCGCCACACACUCUGUGAGCCCGAGAGUCCUGUGAGUAACUUGAAGACUACCAAGCGAUGCUCGCAAUGGCGCUCUCGUGAAAGGAAAACCAGGCAGAACGGCAGGCGGUGUGAGAUGCUGCUCACAUAUAACGUGUUAAUCCUACUUGUAUCUGUGUAUUUCUAAACAAAUUAUAAAACGCAACUCUCUGUGUAUGCCAUUACAGUUAUAACUAAUGCAUUAAACUAUAUAAUGUAAUGAAACACUGUACGUCUGUUGAUAACUAUACAAAGGGUAUCAUAAUGCAUGUUACAAUGCUUAUUUGUGAAUAUCGUAAUGCUUUCUCUUGCUCUCAGUCUCUUCGUAUACUAGGGGUUCCAGCUGUCCCGCCCUGCACUGCCUGCCGUACGACCACGCCACCGCCAGGGGCUAUGGCCAGUCAGAUGAUUUUUUAUUUUCCACUUGGUAUCGCUGUCCUCUGAAGAUUCUCGUCAGAUUUUCUUGUUAAUGUGAGUGGGAUUGAAGACGAAAAGUUUGGGUUUCCGUUGGUAGAUGUGAAUGAAGAGCUGCCUUAUUUUUUUGUUUCACAUUUCCUUCCUUUGGAUCAGAUCCGAUGGUUAGUACAACUCACAGGUUCGUCUUCUGUCCCAGUGUCGAAUGGUUAUUGGCAUUCAUAUUAUAUCAUAUUAAUUCCCAAGUGAAUCGUAGUCCUAUAGUUGGUUUUGUUAAUAUUAUUCCUCUAUCUGAAAAUAAAGGCCCUUUGAGUAAAA